UUCUUUUAUCGUUUUUAAAUCUUACAAUAAACCGAUGAGCAGCAGAAAAAAUUGUUGGCACAAUUGAAAGAACUGUUCAAUCUGAAGGAAUGUAAAGAUGAGGCUUUGGCAAUGAAGGGGUGAACAGUCAAAUUGGGAGUUUCUCCAUGGCCAACAGCUCCCCUAGUAACGAAUUUCCCCAGGUGGCGCAAGCAGAAGAGAACAAUGCCCCUCGGAAACAAGUGAUCAUUUCACUCGAUGAGAUAGUUGUGAUGGAAUCUCCAAGGAGGGUUGACAUUCCCGACAACAUAGAGAAGAAAAAUUCGUCAGCAACAAGGAAGAGGAAAAGACAAGUGUGUAGUAAGAUCACAAAACCCAUUACAGUUUUAGACCCUUGGAAUAACGGGCUGGUAAGAACUUCACCGACUCAUAUAUGUUUAUGUCCUAUGUAUUCUGUGGAUACAUGUACUCGUGGACAAGGUUGUGAGGACUGACCUUAAUACUAAGGAUGGGAUGUGAUGCCUGGCAUUUGAGGAAGACCUGCGCAAUUUUAAUACCUGUGGCUGUCGAGAAGGACGCUAGGAGUGAUAUUCCUGAAAUUGACAGGAAGAAAUACCAUGUCCCUGGUAAAAUGACUCUUGGAGAAUUCAUCUUAUUUAUUCGGGUUAGCAUCAGGAUAAGCCAAAAAAAGCCAAUAUUUGUCUCUUUCAAGAACACUAAGCCUCCCCUUGGUGCUUUGUUUUAUGAAAUUGAUGAGCAAAAUAAGGGCGAAGAUGGAUUUCUGCACAUUACGUACGGUGGGGAAGAGAAUGUUUGUGGAUCAAAUGAAGAGCAAGAACAUGGGGAUAAAAUAUCUUUCGAGAAUGAAUAUUCUCAAGAUUAGAUAGAUGAAGAAUAAACUGUAUAGAUCUGGUUACAAGCAUAUAAUACAUUUGUAAGUCAUGGGACCAAGUUAGUAGUGGGUAUUAAAACUUAAAAAGGAUAUAUAUUAGCAGAGGAGGGAGCCAAAACAAGUAGUAGUGAUAAGUUGAUAGGUACAUACAUGGGUACCGGUGCUGCCCACCUGGAAUCCGGAGCGGCGGAUGUGGACUUCGUCCUCCCCAUCAAGGCCAUUCAGGGAUCCUGGGAAUAAAGAACCAGAAACCUCAUCAGAUCAUUACCCCCCUCCUGAUGGGUCCUUCCCCAACCCGUCGCCUUAAACCCAAUCUCAUGGAUCCCCACCUUCUAAAUCCGACGAUAAUAGAUGAGAGAGAGAUAUGAGCGGCGAUCUUUGUACAAGCUUCUGAAAUAUGGAAUUCAACGUAGCUCAAAUAUGUUACAAAAUCGAAAAAAUAGAACUUUCUGGCCAAAACAAAAAAUAUGGUACAAAGCCCAACUCACUCCUCUCACCUUUCUCGCAUCCCCUUGUUCGAAAUCAGAGGUCUAGGUCAACUCAAAACUCAGCUCUCUUCUCACCUUUUUUUUAGACUUCCCUCACUUCAAAAGUUGAGCUCAACACAGAAAUGUAGAGCUCACAGAGCUCUCUUGACAUCCCUCCUUUCCAAAUGAGAAAAAGUAAUGCAAUGAGCUGAUGAUUUUUAGUAUUUAUAUGUGGGUAUUUUAGUAAUUUUGAUUUUGUGCAUGGCUUGUGCGUGGCUAACUUAUCCUAUUUCUGUCCCAAGAUUAAGAAAAUGUCCUCUUUCUAGUUAUUUCCCUAAAUUCUUUGUGUGAGAUGUAUUUAAUAAUGUGUGAGAGCGAAUAAAACAACUCUUUACUA